AUGAGUGCUAAUGAGGCAUUGGCGCCCUUUGAAAUUGAAUACACAAGGCUUUAUGAAUCCUUGUACAAAGCCCAUAGAAAUGAGAAGGAACUAUCAGAACAAUGCAUGCUGCUUAAGAAUGAAAUUGUGGAUAACACGCAUAAAAUAAAUGAACUAAAAAAAACAGUACAAGCUUAUCAGGACGAUAUAGCUCGAUUGAAACAGGAAGUCACAAAAAUGACGAAAUUAGCCGAUGCGGCACACGCGCGCGAGCAAAAUACACAGGAGAUGAUUGAGAAUUUGCGACUAAAUAUUACGAAAUUGGGUCUAGAAAUCGAGCAAAAGAAUAAACAACUAGCAGUCGAGAAAGACAUCACCGUUAACAAAAAAAGGGACAAUCUUUUGAAAGAAAGGGAGAUACUCAUUGGCGAGCUGGAGACUAUGCGACAACGCAUGAAAAAUAUGUCCACUUACGCAGAGGAACUUGAGCAAAAAAAUAACGAAGUCAAUCAACGAAUGACAGAGAUGCAGGAAACCAUUGGCAUGCAACUGAAUGAAAUUUCGCGAGAAAAAGGUGUCCGAGAGAGAUUGGAAAUUGAGGUGCGACAACUUCAGGAAGAAAUCAUUAUAAAAAAGAACGAACUGGAGGUUGCGAACGUAUCUAUUGAGGCAAGUGCGAAUAACCUAACAAGAUUAGAAAGUUUGAUAAAAGAUCAAAAAAUAACGGACGAGAAACUGCGAAAGGAAAUAAGCAAGCUGAUGCUAAAGAAAAUGAAUCUGCAAACUGAUUUCGACAAUGCAAAUGCUGAGAUAGAAAAACUGGAAAAUGAAAUUUCCGAAAAAGGAAAGAAGAUAAGAGACAUCAAAUAUGAACUUAACAGAGAUGGAAAGAAACAAGAAUUGAAGGAACCAUUAAAAGAACACAUCCAAGAAAUAAAAGAGAAUAAAACGACAGAUAAAAACACUGACGGAGAAGAGACAGAAGACAAAACGGAAGAGGAAGAAAGUGACAAUGAUGAUGAGCUAUCUAUCGAAAAGUGGUUGAGUGACUACAAGGAUCUAAGUUUUUUAUUCGAAUGGAACGAAUUGCAAAAGAUUAUUUAUGGUAAAAGACUCUUAAAAGAUUUAGCCAAGAAAUUCAUUACUUACGUGUCCAAUCCUGAACGUAGUUCUCCAGACGCUCUCCAGUCCCGUAUCAGGCCAGCCUUUUCGCUGCAUAUGGUUAUAUCAAUUACAUCUUGUAUUCUAGAGUCCAUGAAGUUUCAAUCCAGCCCACAAAAUGGUUUAGAGCAGCAGAUCUUAAGGACCUCCAGGGAAGCGCCGCAGAUCAGGGCAGCGAAAACAAAAGAGGACAGUGCCAAAUACAAACAUGAGAAAGAUUUAAUAGACAAACGAUUGCUGAAAGCGGAAUCUGAACAAUCUAAACUGAAGCGUGAAUUAAAGCAAACUUUAAUUGAUGUCAAGAAUGUUGAACAAGAUGCUCAAACCUGUCGCAAGGAACAAUUCGAGGACAAGCAACGAAUCAAAAAUCUGUUACGAGAAAAGACUAACAUUACUGUUAGCAAAGAGACCGCAUAUGAGCGAAUCAAGCGAUUAAAUUACGAACUAUUAUUAUGUGGACAUGGCAAAAAAAUGAUGGAACAUGAAUUGGAUACUCUGACACAAACCAUCAACGACAUGAAAACACAAAUGGAAGUUGUAGAAAAAGAAAGAGAUAGAUAUAGUACAGCAGUACAGGGAUUAGGACAGAAGUUGGAGAGACAAAUAAGCGACACUAAACAAAAACAAGUGGAGGUAUUAGAUUACAAAAAACGCUUGGCUGAUACCGAAAUCAAGUAUCGUCAACAUCAAAGUCUAUUCGAAGCUGUCCGUGCGGAGCGAAAUCUGUGUAAUAAAAGUUUGAUAGAGACGCAGGAGGAGGUGCAAGAUUUAAAAAGCAAACUGAAAAUUACAAGCCAACAGACUGAGCAGUUGAAAGAAGACAUUGCCCUGAAGGAAGUCAAUCUUGUCAAGAAGGAAUUCUUGUUAAGGAAAGUUGAUAAAGAGAAAGAGGAACUUAAGAUUGAUUUGCAAACUUCCCAUACGGAAAUAAGCAACUUACGACAACAAAUUGAAGAAGCAAAGAAGGAAGAAAAGAGCCUCAGACUAGCUAUACAUCAGGCAGAUUCAGAUAUCGUACGUCAGAAAAAAGAUAUUGAUAACGUUAUGAAUGAGCGCGACAUACUCGGUACACAAUUGGUUCGAAGAAAUGAUGAACUGAGUCUGCAAUACAGCAGGAUGAAGGUCUUGAAUAGAACAUUACAAUGUGGCGAGAAGCAAUACAAUCAAAGAUUAGAAGAUAUUCGGUUACUCAAGUUCGAAGUGAAUAGACUUAGAACUGAGAAAAUGUUACUAGCAAAAAAUAUCUUUAACGUUAGCGAUUUGCGCCAAGAAGUUUUUCAUCUAAAUCGUAACCUAACAAAAGAAAUGCUUAAAGUCACUGCACUUGAAGAGGAAAUUCAAACUCCAUUAAAUAUACACAGAUGGCGAAAACUCGAAGGUACAGAUCCUACUACCUUCGAGCUUGUUAAAAAAGUACAAAUUCUACAAGAACGUAUUUUGAAAAUGUCCACUGACAUAAUUCAUAAAGAGAGGAAACUAAACGAUACUGAAAAAUUAUAUAUGAAUCUUCGUGACGUUUUGUCGAAGCAAUCAAAUUCACAGAGAGAGACAAACUUAGAUAAGGUUCAAAACAUCUUACGUAAAAGGGGAGAGAAGAUCAAGUGUCUCAUCGCGGAGCUGAAUAUGUAUGAGUCGCAAGUAGGCGAAUAUAAAGAUGGCAUGACAAUAAUGACCAAUGAGAUGUGCGAGUUGAUGAAAAUAUUUCAUACACAAAAAAGGAAACUCCAAAAAAUUAAAGAAAUGACUUUGAAGUCUACUUACAAAACUAUGCUUCCAGAUAUUUUGGUAGGUACAAAAAAAUUUUAUGGAGGCGGCUUCAAGAUAAAGACAUUUAGUUCAAAAAUUCAUUGUACUACGGAUUCCUCAGCAAGCAAGUAA